UUAUAGGGUAACGUCAGUCGGUGUUGUUCCUUCCUCCCUCUCGUGUUGAUGAUCAUCGAUGUGACUUUUAAAUUUAUAUAAGUUUUUUACGUGUAUCGUAUUACGUGUCGUGUAGUGUAAAAAGAAUUUAUAUAGUUUUUUUUCUUUUUUUUUUUUUGAUUUUAUUGUAUUAAAAUUUGUGUGAAAAUAAUUAUAUACAAAGGUCAUGCCAGUGAAAGAGUGGUUCAGAAAACUACAGCCUGUACAGCUGUACUUGGUUGUAUUCUUCACAGUGGCUUUCUUCAUCAUCGAGAUGGUAGCCAGUCAUGUUACACACUCGUUAACGUUACUUCUCAACGCCUAUCACAUGCUCUGCAACAUCAUUGCAAUCCUCGGCUGUCUUGUUUCAAUCAAGUAUGCUCCACGUGAACGUUAUAGAAAUGUUUACCAUAGUAGGAACAAUUCUCUCAGAAAUUCAAUGAUUUGUUUGGACGGUCAGGAACAUGGCUCGAAUAAUUCUUUAUCUACGAAGACAAAGCAAUCACGAUCGGACAGGCGAAUGAGAAACAGUUUUGGAUGGGUUAGGAUCGAUAUCUUAACAAUGCUGAUUUGUUGCAUUCUCCUUGCUUCCUUUUGUUUUUCUUUGGUAGUCGAGGCGUUGCAAACAUUGGUCCACAUAGAUCAUCUCGAUGAGAUGCAUCAUCCUGUUGCUGUAUUUUGCAUUGGGGUAGCUGGAAUUUUUCUUAAUAUCUUUUGUUACAUUAUCAUAGGUGGAUUCACAUUUAAUCAAGGAAUAUUGCUACACGUAACCAAUAACGGUGAUGUUAUAUUUAGAAGAAACGUAAAAUUACAACCGGAGGUAGAAGGUGAACAACAAUUAGCAGAACAAACUAGAAGAAGUCCUUUAGCAGUGCCAAAGAUUCAAGGAUUACGAAGGAUAUGUCGCGAUGUUCUUGGUUGCCUUUAUGUCAUGAUCGUAUCAGCAUUAGUAUACUUUACUGAUUCUGGUGUAGCCAAAUAUUUGGAUCCUUGUUUUGCCAUUAUUUCAUCAAUAUCGCUCUUAGUUCUGAGCUACCCGUAUAUUAAGGAAUCAACAAUGAUAUUACUACAAACCAUACCAAAUCACAUUAACAUCGAUUCAUUGAAGAAAGAUUUACUUGAGGCAUUUCCAGGGAUAGUCGAUGUCCAUGACUUUCACGUUUGGCAAUUAACAUCUCAGAAAAUUAUAUCGACAGUUCACAUAAUAUUUUUAAAUCCAAUGGUUUUCGCUAAUAUCAUCGAUCAAAUCACAGUAUUUUUUAUCCAAAGAGGUAUAACUCAAGUGACCAUACAACCAGAAUUUCAUAAGAUAAAACCGAAUGCAGACAAAGCCGAUUGUUUGAUUCGUUGUCACGGUAAACUAUGCAGUUUGUCGCAGUGUUGUACGAGAGAAAAACUGGAAGAACAAUCGGUUUCCAAAGAAUCCUUAGAAGAGGUAAACGUAAUUGUUAAGAAAUUGGAGGAGGUGGAGGAGGAGGAGGUGGAGGAGAAUAUCGUAGACGUUUCACCGGUGAUAGAUUUAAAAAAAUGUCAAUUGGACGAUGGCGAAAUUUCAAAAUUAGUUCCACCUACGACGAGUGGACCAAAUGAUAGAGAGCCAUGCAAAUCGAGUGACGAAGAAGUACAAAGCAAAGAAGAUAAUGCUAACGACAAAAGUUCCUAUUCGAUAAGCGUCGACGUUAAUGAUCAAAAACUUGCUGCUAAUGACUCGAGUCACGAUACCGUAUCGUAAUAUUGUAUCGUUAUUUCCCCCCCCCCCGAGCAAGAAUCGUUACUUCCUUUUUGCUCUCGUAAAUUAUUUUUUAGUUUUUUAAUUUAUUUCAUUUUAUUUUAUUUUUGUUUGUUUUCUUUUCUGUUUUUUGUUCUUUUUUUUUUCUUUUUCGUUCUCUUGUUUUUGUUUUUUUAUUGGAAGGAAGAAUCUUCCAAACGCGAUAAGACUGUAUACUAGUAUUAAGUAUUUUUAAUUGUUCACAAAAAUAGAAACGUCUUAUCAAUUAUCUAUAGAUUUUUUUUAACGAAAUUAAAAAAGAAAAAUUUAAUUUAAGACGUCCUUUUUUUUUUGUUUUUUAUAGUCAGUAUC